AAGUGGUUCAUAAUAUUAUCCCUGCACAAACAUCAUUUGACACCUUUAAUUCCUGUCAUUAGGUCUACUUAUCAUGCUUAAGUGCCCAAACAUACCAAAGUUCAACCAACUUCACCAUGUUAACCUGUCAUCAUGGUCAUGCCUGUUCACAAGUUCAUUGAGGGGAGCGUCAACACUCCUCUUUUUCAAAUUUUUCAUUGGAUCGGUCAUACUUCCGAAGAAGGAGAGUACUACUAUUGCUUGAGCCCCACUCAGUAGAGCUAGGCCUAGUUCGCAAGGUAUCCAAGAACUGUGGGUACGUCGUCCACCGCGAUCGGGAGUGUUAGCAACAAAUGACGAACCCCACAGUUCUGGGGCUAUUUGCAAGAGUGGUUGAAAAGGACUUCAUUUUAGGAAGCUAUGGCCAAAAGCGGAAGGAAGAAAAAGGAGAAAAGGAAGGAUUUCCAGAAAGUCAAGUUUAAGGUCGGCAAGAAGAAGCCCAAAGCCGACAACUUCACUGACACCACUUUCAGGUCACAGGCGAUCCAGAUCCGCGAGCAGCUGAAAUCAGGACAAGCUGACACCGCCGAACCGACGACGCAGAAGAAGAAAAAUAUUCAUGACCUUCUGUGCCAUCUGAACCACUACAAUGCCGCAGUUCGUCAGUCAAGCAUCGCCGGCAUGAAGGAGCUUCUGUCAUCUCAUCCUUCACUGAUUUCUCAGCAUCUGUCUCUCCUGAUUGACAGUCUCUCUGUCCUCAUGAUGGACAAGGAGGACAUGGUCCGCAAAGCAGGUAUCUCACUUCUACAGCUGGUUCUGCAGGCCACGCCGGCUGACAACGUGGGGCCGUUCUUCCCCAUCCUGGCCGCCCAUCUCACCUGUGCCAUGACCCACAUCCAGGAGGACAUCCAGCUGGACUCACUAGCCGUCCUGGACCUGAUGCUGGCUUCCUACCCCCGCUUGCUGACCGUCCGCAGCCAGGAGCUGCUAACGGUCUUCGUCCAGUUGAUCUCCCGCCAGCGCAAGAGGACGGUCGGCUGGACCGAGGGCGAAGCGGAUGGAGGGGACCUGGCGGUCAAGCCGGGCAGCAGGAUCUCCAGCCACAAGUGGAGACAGAAGGUUUUGCAAAGACUGCGGCAGUUUCUCAAGGCAUUACUCGAGGAGCAUUACACCAAGUAUUCAGGCCAAGUCAAAGGUACUGCUGGAAAUGAAGACUACACGGUCAAAGUGAACAACCAAAAGGAGACGUACACACCGAUAUUUGCCCCAGGAGCUCAGUGUCAUUGGUAUAAGGAGGAAUUUGUCUUCAGUUCCUUGACAUCGUCAUCCUCGUCGCAAACUUCAAGUCAAGCCCUAAGCGAGCCCAGCAACCUCCUGGGGUUUGUGCGUUCAUUGGUACCCUUGCUGCUGCAGUGUUGGAUGGAGGUGGCCCCCAAAUCGCAGGUCCAGUCCCAGCCUCACCUGCAUGUUGUUGCCAUGGAGAUACUGGAUGGCGUAAUGUCAGUAAUUCUGUUGCUAUGGCGAUGGAUGCAAGGCGUGUGUGAGGAGAGACGUGAUUUCAGUUGUAUGAAGCAGCUGCAGAAACUCUACCACAAGAAGUUUGUUACCCACCUCCUCCCCUGCUUCCCCUAUGUAUCCCACAAUCCCCCAGCCAGAGCAAAGCACUCUGGGAAGGGCACUCCCUCUGCUGUGUCUGCCGUAAGCCUCAACUUAGCGGCCUGCGAGAUCAUGUCUUAUUUCAUGAUCGGCAGCAACACGGCCACCCCAUGGCUGCGCCAGAUCAUGGCCUACGUUCUUGAAAUCUGCGUGGAGGGCGGGGAUCUGUCGUUGGGGCACAUGCCGAGCUUGUUGGAUGUGGUGCGGCGAUUGGUCAAAGUGCUGCCCAGUGCAGAGAGUGUGAGCGAUCUUCUGCAAGCCGUGUUUUCAUUGCAUCAGAGUUGCCACAACCUGUCGGGGCACAAACAGGCAACGUUGCAGUGCCUGGACGAGCUGCUGACAGGCCACGGAAAGACGCAUCCGUCCUCGAGGUCAAUUGAUAGCCUUUUCCUCCAGACUCUUCCAGAGCUGGUCAGGACGUCGGGUCCCGUGUCCUCCAAAGCCGUCCAGAUUCUUCUCCGCCGGGCUUCGCAGCGUCAAGACGAAGCCCUGGCUUGCGUACGGCAAUAUUUGAAGUCAUUUGUAGACCCAGAGAGCGGCAUUUUACUGAAGCUCCCAGCCGACCUCCAGGUCCACAUCAUCCAUUUGAUUCACCACGCCGACCCCCUUGACCUGGACACCCUGAAGUUGCUCGCCUUUUGUUGCCACGACGACCGGAUGAGUGCGGAGAACGUCACAUACCUCGUCAACGUCAUGUCCACAAGAUUUCUGGACGCAGGCAUCGCACCCUGUGCUGACCGGCAGUUACCUUUUGACACAGCUGACUUCAUCAGUUUCCUCUUUUCUGUUUCAGUUGGUUGCCUCCAUACAAAACCAAUGAGCAAAGACGGGCAAGAUGUCCCCAAGGGUAUGGAAGGGAAUAGCCUGUUACCAAGCAACCUGACAUCCAUCUCCAUAGCAACCAAGACUGGCCGAUCAAUGCAGCAUCACUCAACCAUUGUCAAGAGUGUUUGUUUGAGCUACAGUCUCAUCUCCAGUAAGGAGCAGAUGUGGGACGCCAUACAGAUGCUCAUCAUCAGUUCCUUGAAUUCUCGGAGAGCUACGACUUGUGGCGCAGCGUAUGGCAUGCUACACACGGUCAACUUUCUCACCACGCCCAUGACUUACUGGAGUCAAGAAAUUGUCAACAAACUAACAGAGUGUUGCUUAGCAAUCCUGUACUCGGUGGUAUCGGAUGACCUCAUGGGGUUCGGGCGCUCGGAUUGGUCAGAGGCAGUGUGGGAAGAGGUUGUGGAUUUGUUGGUUGUGGCCCAUCCAGUUCUGGUGGAAAUGUUGCAGCGAAUAUAUGCUCGGGUUGGAGUUUUGACCGAUCACGACCAUGUCCAGAACUUGGCCAUGGUGGUAGUAAGACUUCUGCAGACCCAGCGAUUGUCUUCCAUUCUGGCCCAGCUGACGGACCACGUCAUGCAAGCUGUGCACAGCAUUAUGAAUCAUCACUUAGCAACCGAAGGCAGUCGCUGGGCAGCAGAGCUUCAGUACGAAGCAAGCAUGACUCUGAAAGCACCUUCUCAAAGGUGACAACACUGGUCCCGAAUUGACAACCUACUCACCCCCCCUUCAGAAAAACACAGCGGCGUCUCAAAAGCACCAAGACACCUUCAACACAAUCAGGCAUUUGAUGAAGGCCCACUUGUCCUCUCAAAACUUCAUCAUUAAUGCCGUACUGAAAUCAACCGCCAUGCGAAGUUGAAACUUAUCUGAACAUACACCAAGAUUCUUUUUGAGGUAAAGCUCAUUUGAUAUUCACACGGCAGCGGAAUCACAUAUAAAGCAGGUUUUGUAUUUAUCUCUUGUCACAUGCACAAAAAGGUGGUUACACUGGUGCUCUGAUUUUCCAGGUCAUAAAACAGACAAUAAGCCUUUUGUGAGUUAAGUUUGAAUAAAAACUGGUACACUGAGUUCUUAAUAUGUGACCAGCUCCACAA